CGCGGACCCGGCGCCAUUUUGGUGGCCGGGCGCGGAGGUGAUUCCACACUGAGGAUAGCGCGGCGGUCGGGCUGGCAGUGGCAGCGUUCGUGUGCUCGGGUGUGAAUCGCCGGCGGAGGAGGCGGUGGAGGGAGAGGUGGCGGCGGUGGCGGUGGUCGUAGCGGUGGCGGAGGAGGCGGGUACGAAUCAGCUGCGGGCGGAGACAUGGCCAACAUCGCGGUGCAGCGAAUCAAGCGGGAGUUCAAGGAGGUGCUGAAGAGCGAGGAGACGAGCAAAAAUCAAAUUAAAGUAGAUCUUGUAGAUGAGAAUUUUACAGAAUUAAGAGGAGAAAUAGCAGGACCUCCAGACACACCAUAUGAAGGAGGAAGAUAUCAACUAGAGAUUAAAAUACCAGAAACAUAUCCAUUUAAUCCCCCUAAGGUCCGGUUUAUCACUAAAAUAUGGCAUCCUAAUAUUAGUUCCGUCACAGGGGCUAUUUGUUUGGAUAUCCUGAAAGAUCAAUGGGCAGCAGCGAUGACUCUGCGCACGGUAUUGUUGUCAUUACAAGCCCUGCUGGCAGCUGCAGAACCGGAUGAUCCACAAGAUGCAGUCGUAGCAAAUCAGUACAAACAAAAUCCUGAAAUGUUCAAACAGACAGCUCGACUUUGGGCACAUGUGUAUGCUGGAGCACCAGUUUCUAGUCCAGAGUACACCAAAAAAAUAGAAAACCUAUGUGCUAUGGGCUUUGAUAGGAAUGCGGUAAUAGUGGCCUUGUCUUCAAAAUCAUGGGAUGUAGAGACUGCAACAGAAUUGCUUCUGAGUAACUGAAACAUAAAGAGAGAUGCUGAUAUAGUCAAGCUUGCCCCUUCUUGGAGGAGCAUCAACAUCUGUUAUUUUUAGGAUUCUGCAUAGAUUUCUUUUAAACUGGCAUUCUUGCCUAAUGAUGUUAUCUAGGCACCAUUGGAGACUGAAAAAAAUCCCUGCUCUGUAAAUAAAGCUAAUUAAACGUCUGUGUAAAUUUAAAAAGGGGAAAUACUUUAAUUUUUUUCUUACUUAAUAGUGUAAAAAUUCUUUUGAGCUAAGCUAAAACCAUGGAAAAAACAUGCUACUUUAGUGUUUAGCAGUAUACCAAGACUAGCAAGAGUUUGCUUCAGGAUUUUGUUGAAUAAUUAAGAUAAUAUUUUGAGUGUGUCAGGGCCAUUCAAAUUGUUGGUGUUGCAUCACAGCUACCUUAACUGUUUUUAACAUGGAUCCUCUGUGCCUGUGAAUUUACUUGCAUGCUUGUACUUGACUUCUUAGGAUGGGUAGCUGAAAAGACCACCAUUUUAAGCAUUUGAGAAUUCUUCAAUAUGAGAUUUAUCCAGAAAUGAAGAUGGUGACCUAGUCAGAGCCUUUUUUGUCCUUGUCAACAGACUGGGACAACUUAUCUGUUUUUCCCCUCUUUCCACACACAGCUAAUAUUCUAAUAUUAAAUUUCUUUAUAUUUGGUGGGGAAAUGUGCUGAAGGACAGUAUCCCUUGCUCCAUUUUAGGUCAUCCAUUUGGAAUGUUUUGUCACAGUUCUCCACUCUUAAAACUUUCCUAUUACUUAUAUAGGAAUAUAUACAAUAUAUAUAUACAAUAAUAAUAUUGUAAAAAUGGAGCUGCCAAUUUUGUUUCAUUUUUUUUGUAAAAACAGUAAAUACUUGAUGUUGCAGUAUUCCCAGAUUAAAUGAAAAGAACCCAGCUUAAUUUUUCGGUGAAUUUAACGUCUUUUGAUUUUUAAACUGAUGGAAUUUUUCUUUGAGAACUUGCAAGGAUGAAAUCAACUGUUUGCAGUUUUUUUAGCCUGAUUUUGGCUUUAUAGAGAUUGCUUGCACUUUCCCCUAUUAACACAUGAAAGCUGUGUUGGUGUUUUACUGUACAUACUUCAGAUGCACAUAGGAAUAGAAGUGUGUUAUAAAUCUAGCUUUCUUUAUGAUGUUUCUGAUAAUAUGAGAAUUGAAAACUUUACCUUCUCUUGUACAUAGUCAGACUUUCUAUACGUAUUAAAGUUACACUUCACUCUAAGUUCAAAGUUUGAAAAUUACUAGUUUUGCAAGCUCUAACACUAAUGUGAACAUUUUAUGAAGGGUGAAAUGGAUUUGUGUAGGCAGUUCUAUACAUAGAAACACAGUUCUUAUUAAAUAUUCAGGACCAAUGCAAAAAUAACAAAAAUGUAAUGGAAUCUGAAUGAAUUAAAGUAAGGCUGUAUAUGGAAAGUCAUAUUAUGAAAGGUUUGCUUUCUUCAAGUGUUAUUUAUCCUAAAUUAUAAUGGUUACAUGUUUGGAAAAUAGUUUUGAACCAUAAAUUCAGCAUAAUUUCAUUUGACUUCUCAAUAAUCUUAGAAGCAAUAAAAAGAACCAUUAUUAAAUAUAUUGUAAUGUUAAGAUGUGAAGGUUCUUCCAGAAACUUGUAAGGCUUUCCUAAUCAGUAGUGAAACUCUUGUAGUUGAUUAUUGCAUACUAAACACAAGUUGCUGUUUUUUCCCCUGUGUUUGCCUAAGUAUAAAUUUCUUUAUACAAUCACCUCCUUUAAUUGUAAUUUAGUUACUUUCUAAAGAUGCCAAAGGAAAAAAGAUUUUCUUUAUUUAUUUUAAAUAGCUAAAACCAUGUACUUUUCUUUAUAUUUUGAGGUAAGGUUGGAAUUGUGUGAAAAUGUGGACAGUUUUGUUCCAUCAUUGUUUAGAAUUAAUUUUUUUUGUUGUUUAGUGGAGGGUGGCUUGGUAAUGUUAGUAAUAUUUGCAUUAUUUUAAAUAUCAAACACCUCUACCCAGUUUACUAUUUGCCUGUAUUAUCAGGGUAUAUUUAAUUGUCCUGUGGUUUGACAAAUGAGAGAGAGAACUCAGAAGUUACUAAGGGUCAAGCAUUGUAUACUUUGCUCUUGGAGGCAGCUGUAACUUGCCUAUGACUUUUAUGCACAUUAGCCCCUUAGGGUAUACUCAUCUAACUGCAGUUCAACAUCCCCAGUGCCCAGGAAAUGGAAAACUACAAUAUUUGGUAUGAGAGGUUCUCCAUAAUGGAUUUUCAUUUCAAAAAUUUACCUCAUUUACAUUUAAUGUGAUUAUCUGUUUUCUGGUACAUUUCCCACUAUCGCCUUCUUACUGGGUGUUUUUUUUUUUUUUCCUAUUUUCUACAGGUAGAUUUAUUUCCCCAAACAUAGAAAUAAAGGCAGUUGCUUUUUUUCUCUUGUCUUAUGUAUGUUUAGAAAAAGAGCAGUAAAAGUGCAGGUCUAGGGGAAGCAUACCCUGUUGGAAAUUAUUUAUAUAAUUCUCAAUGGUUUGUGAUUUGUUAGUUGUAAAGGCUUCAAAAAUUGUAGUUAAAUGUAUGUGUAGUUUUAUCCCAUCUGGGCAGACAAUUUGCUACAAGUCACUGAUACUCAAAUAGUCUUCUGUGAUGAUCAGGUCUGUUUCCUGAGUGUGUGUCUGACUUUUAAAAGAACAAACAAUUAGUUGUGUUCGUGUGUCCGUACAGACUGAAUGAAUAAAUAGCAGUUUGUGAUCCAAAUAAGUAUACGGUAAGGUAUAUAAAUAUUUUAGGAACUUGGUACUAAAUUAGAUGCUCCGUGCUGGCUCCCCCAAAUGUUUGGAAUUGUGGCUGUGAUUUACAUAAACACAUAAUGCAUUCAAGUAUAUAUAUAUGUGUAUUUAUAUUCUGACCAUUUUGCUUUUGAGAAGCAUUUUCUGUGAAAUGAAAGGCAGGUUUUUUUCCUUUUUGGGGGGAAGUGUUUCACAUUUGUGAUUGCUGAUAGUGCAUAAAACUAUGCAAAAUAAUUUUAAAGUAUGAGAAAGAAUUGGCAGAUAAAGUGCAUAUUGCUUAUUUAUGCCAUACAGAAUGCAGCAUGUUGUGUUACUGCUGCUUAACAAGUUUAUCAGUGUGAAAAGCAAUUCUUAGCUCUAAGUGUAUUAUGCUUGAUUUGAGCUUUUAAAACUCUGCAAUAGGGGUGUAAUAAUGUGUCCACGAUCCUUGUUAGUAACAGGAAACAGAAGCUAUGUUUAUUUUUGUUUUUGUUUUAGAGAUAGAUUUGGGCAUGGGACAGUUGGAGCCAUGUAUACUUUCUUGUACAUAGAUGGAAACAAGUGUUCGGAUAGGAAAGAGGAAGCUGUUUACAGUUGACUUUAUUUCAUGGAUUUUUACAAAAUAAUGUAUGAAUCACUUUUUUCUUGUACAAACCAUUGAUUUUGAAAAUUUGCAUUUCCAUUCUUUUAGUACUAGUUAAAAAUAAAUGCUUAACAUCAGCUGUUUACUAUCACUGGGGAAGAAGUUGACUUGAAAUAUUUACUGAUAAAUAGCCUUUUCUUCAAGUGUGACUUUUCUGCCUUGUCUGCAUACUAUGUCACAUGUUCUGUUUGCACUGUUGCAAUAUGGGUCAAAAAUUUUGUGGCAUAGAGCUAGGGAAAUGUCAGUAUCUCACUUGUCCCAUUUGUUCUGUUACUGUUCUGUUGGACUGAUCUACCCUCAUAAACCUGUGAUCAUCACCUAAAUAUUAAGUUGUGAAUGUGUCACCUUUUGCUUGGUUAUUCCAACCAGGCAUUGAAUAUAUAUGUAUAUGUAUAUAUUCAGUGCUGCUUAUAUAAUGAGAUGAGGCACAGUUUAUCAGUUUGGUCCUGGGGGUGAGUGGACUCAGAAAUCAUUUGCACUGUGCUGUUAAAUGACCCUCGUGUGCUUGCUGUUACCUGCUUUUUACAGACAUCGUAAUAAAAGCUAGACUAUUUCUUUGG